AUGGCUACUCCCGGUGCUGCUCAAAUCUCCAAGAGGAGAAAGUUCGUCGCUGACGGUGUCUUCUACGCCGAGCUGAACGAGUUCUUCCAGCGCGAGCUGGCUGAGGAGGGUUACUCGGGCGUUGAGGUCCGCGUCACCCCUACCGUUACCGACAUCAUCAUCCGCGCCACCCAUACCCAGGAGGUCCUCGGCGAGCAGGGCCGCCGCAUCCGCGAGCUCACCUCGCUCAUCCAGAAGCGCUUCAAGUUCCCCGCCGACUCUGUCUCGCUUUAUGCCGCCAAGGUCCAGAACCGCGGUCUGUCGGCCGUCGCCCAGUGCGAGUCGCUCCGCUACAAGCUCUUGAACGGUCUCGCCGUCCGUCGUGCCUGCUACGGUGUCCUCCGCUUUAUCAUGGAGUCUGGCGCCAAGGGUUGCGAGGUUGUCGUCUCGGGCAAGCUCCGCGCCGCCCGUGCCAAGUCCAUGAAAUUCACCGAUGGCUUCAUGAUCCACUCCGGUCAGCCUGCCAAGGACUUCAUUGACAGCGCCACCCGCCACGUCCUGCUUCGUCAGGGUGUCCUGGGUAUCAAGGUCAAGAUCAUGCGCGGCUCUGACCCCGAGGGCAAGGCCGGCCCCCAGAAGUCGCUGCCCGAUGCCGUCACCAUCCUCGAGCCCAAGGAAGAGCAGCCCGUCGUUCAGCCCGUCAGCCAAGACUACGGCGCCAAGGCCGCCCAGGUCCAAGCUGCCGCUGAGGCCGCAAGGCAGGCUGAGCAGGGUGAGGAGGUGCAGCACGUGGACGAGCACUAUGCUCAGCACACGGCUGCCACCUACGACGGUCAAGACGACCCUUUCAUGACUGGAGGGCAGUCUUCGAAUGUCGCUGCUGACGCCAACGAGGGCUAUGCCUUUGUUGAAGAGCAGAAUGAGGACGACCGAUGGAACACUGGUCCUGUCGGCGGCUGGUAA